GCUGGAAACGACUUACAGUGUCUGCAAGAGUGGGAGGUGCCUGAUGACCACAGUGGUACACAGGGCGCACGAAGCAUCUUGAAAGAGAUAUGUCCACCUUCAGCAGACUUUGCUGUGUCUGGCACAUUCAAUAUUCAGAAAAUGGAGGAUGAGGAAGACGAGAAAGCAGUGAGCGAAGAUGGUGGGCAGGAAUGUUCAGCUUCAGAAGAUAUUGUCGGGCCUAGCACAUUAGUUGUUGAGAAAAUUAAGAAUGAGGAAGACGAGGAGCCAGUGGAGGAAGAAGACUUCAAGGAGCUCAAACAUGAAGUACAGUUGACAAGUAAUGGCAGUGAAUCAGAAAGCACCAGCCCCGUUGGCAUCGAGGACGCCAAGAGUCUUGAUGGCAGCUGGAAUUUGGUUACCAACGUUUUACAGGCUGCAGGAACAGGCUACAACAUACAAUACACCACCAAAGAGAAAGUCUCCUGCGGGAAUAAAAGUGGUACAAGUUGUCUGGUGCAUAGUUGUGACAUUUGUAAAAAGAUGUUUGCAGAUUUGAGGGGCCUGAAGGAUCACACAUGCAUGAUCAGAUGUACCUAUCAUUCGUGCUGUGUGUGUCGCAAGAAAUUCGCAAGGAGGAGUAAUUUAAAGAGGCAUUUCCUUGUGCACACUGGUGAACGCCCGUACAGCUGUGGCGUCUGCGGCAAGACAUUCUCGGAACGUGGCACACUGAAGCGGCACGCGCUCUUGCACACUGGUGAACGCCCGUACAGCUGUGCCGUUUGCAGCAAGAGAUUCAUCCAACGUAAUCAAUUGAAGCAACAUAUGCGGUUCCACACUGAUGUAGGUCCCCACAUCUGUGGUCUUUGCAACAAGACGUUCAAACAUAAAAUGUCCCUGAAGCGGCAUGCGCAGUUGCACACAGGCGAACGCCCGUACAGCUGUGCUGUCUGCAACAAGACAUUCACACAACUUAGUUAUCUGAAGCAGCAUUCGCUGUUGCACGCUUUCGGACCUGCUUAGAUUUGUGGUGUUUGCGAGAAGACACUCGUGGAAAACAAGCAUUUGAAGCAGCAUUUGUGGUUUCGCACUGGUGAACGCCCUUGCAGCUGUAUUGUGCGUCAUAAUAAACACAGGGUGUCAGCAACCUGGGGGAUACUGGACCCUGCACACUCGUACUGAACCAUACAAUUGCUGCAUAUGUCAAAAGAAAUUCUCAUCUAGUAGCACCCUGAGAAAACACUUAGUUCUUCAUGUGAUUGAACAUCAAUAUACCUGUGAUAUGCUUCUAUAAAUAUUGGCAACAAUGUACAGACUAGAAAAACAUUUAUUUUCGUAUUUUCGUACACAUGGCAACUGAGAACUGCGUGAAAGCACACUUUGUGAGAGCACAAUGACAGCAACUACAUUGUGCCAUAAGACGUUGAAGAGUGAAAAUGGAUUAAAAUGCUUAUGAAUUCUUA